UUCAUCAAAAGCGCCAAAAUGUGAAUGACAGUUCCAACCUUGAAUUAUGGAAUUACUAGCAAUGCAUUUUGUGAAUCAGUUUGUUUCACCUAGUUACUUCACCAUGAAUAGAGCUAUAUUGUUUUGUUUUCGUGGACGAAGUAUGCAUGUCAAUGACAAUAUAUAGCGCCAUUCUCACUUACGUUGAAUCAGAGUGAGCUUAAACUUCAGUCAUACGUGUUAAAUGAACAGUAGUAAAUAUAUGAAAUACAGGUAUCCUGUUUAAAAAAGAUUAUGGAUUAUUUAUCAGAUAUACAUAGUUGUUGUCGUGCCUUAGAUUCCGAUAAAGUUACAGAAAGAAAGAAAAAUGCAGAAAAGUUACAAAAUUUACUUAAUAAAUCUUCAGUGAUCCAAACAUUAGAUAAAAACUCUGAUGAUAGACACAGCAAAUCAUCUGGACGUCUGCUUACCUGGGAUUGUAUAUUCAAGGCUGUGAUUUUGUAUGUGCGAAUAGAAACAAGUAAUUUACAGAAAGCAAAAGAGAAAAUUUCUGCCAUAUCCCAACAAAAUAGAGAGAAGAAAAAACAGGAGAUUGGUGGACUGGUAAAAUUUGUUGUGAGACUAGCUGAUAAGCGUGGCCCAAGGCUUCGUUCAUCUAGUCUGUUAUCAACUAUUUUAGAAGUAUUAAGAGAUGACUUCAUGUGUUCAGCAUAUGGAUUAGAUUUUAGUAAUAUUUUAUUAAAGAAUAUUCUACCUGUUAGAAAAUACUGGACCGAGCUUAAAUCAGAUAACUGGCAUGAAUUGCUAAUUCAGUAUUGUAAGCUAUUUGUUGAUGAAGAAUGUACGCUUGACAGAGUUGUCCAGUCCCGUUUGAUAUUUCUUUUAUUAUCUGGAGCAUCAAAGCAAUGUGAUCUUCAUCCACAAAAAAUUAUCAGAUUUUUUACUGAGGUUUUUAGAAAUGUCAGAAAAGAAAAGGCAAGCCGUGUAUUGGAAUAUAUAUUAUCAUCUUUAAAUGUAUUUAUAACAACUAUAGCACCUUAUUCACGACUACAAGUCUGUAAACUAGGAGAGAAUAUAUUUAUAAAUAUACUGUAUUUGUGGAAUAACAGACCUUCAUCUAAAAUGAAGGACGAGAUUGUAGCUUUUCUGAGAUUACAAUUACAAAUACAUCAUCCAGGUGGUGCCAAAACAGUUCAUAAUGGUGCCUUCGCUUUAGACUGGGAUCAAUGGAUGAGCCAUUUGAGAAAGCUUUAUGAAGUUUUGUAUAAUGAUUUGAAGGAAAUGGGAGGACGUCAUAGAUUCUCUUCAAGUAAAGAAGCUGCAUUAAAACCCGAAUAUGCAGAUUUAGCAGCUAAUGUUUGUCACCAGUUAUUUGAUCAAACUACACACAAUAUAGAUGUAACACAGUUACCUUCUACUCAUGAUGAAUCAGGAUUACCUGCUAAAAAACGCAGACUUGAAUCUGGUUGGUCAGCAUUACGUGAUAUCAUCUAUAAACUCAGCAAUACGAUGCAGAUUAUACCAUGGUUACAGUUAUUAAGUCGUCUAGUAGAGAAAUAUCCUGGCUGUAUACCUGAAGACGAAUUACUACCACUUUUAUCCUGUCUUACACAAAUCAUGGAAGAUGGCAAAAAAAAUGAAAUAUUAAAACAUCUGAUAAUUUGUGUAAAGAAGUUUGUUGAUGGCUAUCCACUGUUGGGUUAUAUACAUACUAGUAUACUAAAUGAAUGUAGAAAAUACUGGCAGAAAAUUUGGGCUUCUACGUUAAGAAAUGUGAGUUCUCACCGUGCCGAGCUAGAAGGUUUACAUACCCCAGGAUUUCAACUAUUGACGGCAUUAAUUCAACAGAAAUUAGCCACUCCUGAAAAAUAUGUCUGGAAUUUAUUUCUUCCCUCGAUUUCUUCACCUACAGCAGCCUCAGUUAAUUUCCUGUCUGUGUAUUUAAGUUCAUUUGAUCUCCCUGAAAACUAUAAACCAAGUAUUCUAGGUUCUGGAGAACUGAAUAAUACUAUGGGUCAUCCAUUACGUUUACAUCUACUGGAUUGGCUGCUACCAAAACGAGAAACCAGUGAAAUAUGUGAUAAAAAACGAUAUGUUUUUGAUUCCAACAAUCUAAGCUGUGUUUUGAUUGGACUGAUUUUACGGAACCCAGAAAUAAUAAAUGAAGUCAAAAAUCAAAGAUCUAGAGACAGUCAUCUGAUUAAUUUAGAAAAGAUAUAUUUGCAAAGUAGUUUAGAUUGUGAACUAGAAUUUGAAAAGUCUUUAACAUGUGAUAAUUGUGAGACAAGUAUAAAUAAAACAUGUCAUAUGUCUGACUUGUUGGUUAUUUUAUCCGAGACGUUUGAACAAGAAGUUGUAUAUUAUAAUGAUGUUACAGAAUUUCAGCUGAUUGAUUUGGAAAGUUUAAGCAUACUGUGUUCGGUUUUAUCAAAAUGUCUAUAUCAUCUAUUGACAUUAGAUAUUUUAUCUAGUGACUCAUGUCAUACAUCAAGUAUAUAUACUAGUCUACAUAAAUUAAUGAAGAAACUGUCAACAUGGUUCUGUGAAUUUGUUUCUAAAGAAGGAAUAAAUAAAUUGAUGGGUGUAGUGAAGAAUCUACAAGAAAUGUUUUUUAUUCUACAUAAAGAUCAACAAGCAUUUGUUAUAAUGGAGAUAAACCGAGCAUUAACACCGUCACGACUUAUAGAUCAACUGGUGGAAAUAACUUUAGAUAGGUUGCCACGUACAAAUAGCACCAAUAAAUUACCAGAAAUUCGACACAAUCGACAAUCGACUAGUAAAAUACGGCCAAUUGAUGAUUUUGAAGAUCUUGGUUUUGAUGAUUUUCCAUCUGUAAGCUUAUCUAAUAAAACUAAUGAUAAUAAUGAAGAUAUGAUGAUGGAUAUUGAUAUGGAUACAGAAAUACCAGAUAGUCAAGAUUCUGACGAUAUUAAAGAACAAUCAGAAGUUUGCUUGAGUCUGUUGGCUGCUGAUAGUUUAACGGAAUCUCAAUCUUUGAGACUAGAAGUUGUCCGGCUGUUAUGUUUAUGGUGCGGCCAUGAUACAAGUAUGGCACCAUCAACCAUAUUAUUAAAAUCUGAUGUCACAAUAAACAUUAUUAAAGAUAAAUUAUUCAAACUUUUGGAUGAAGACAUCUUUGAUUCACAUAGAGCUAUUGAUUUACAAAUAUUGAGAUGUUUAAUAUAUGGUCUAACUACACAAACACAUAAAGUUACAGACGGAGAUCUAGAAAAUCUUGCUGAUGGUGUUAGAGAAGUGGCUAAGAACCAGAGAAGAGAUCAAGAGCUUUGUCAGCUUUGUUUAAAUAUGAUUAAUAUAUUAAUACCUUAUUGUAUUGAUAGUAAUUGUAUGGCUAGUAAAAUUAAACUAGAUUCCAGAAAUGUAUUAUUAUGUCUACUUACAGCUUUCUGGAAAAUGUCUAAUGAAAGUCAGUACACAUCAGCUGUAAGGUUAAAAUUGGUUUGUUGUAUGGAGACUUGUGUUAAGUAUGAUUCGAAAGGUGAAUGGAGUAUGAUGAAAUCAAAAGGGAAUAAUGACGAAACGGAAGACAUCUUGGUAUCAGGAGAGUUAAUCAAAUGUCUAAAAGAUUAUAGCCAUGAAGUUCGACUCUUUGUUUCUAGUGCUAUUCAGAGAUUAUUCUGGUGUGAUGUGACAGGUGUGAAAGAACCUGAAGAUGAUAAAAUAUUUGUUACUAUUUAUCAGAUAUGUCAUGAUUUAUUAGAUAUACCUGAUAAAGUAUCAACAGAUCGUAAACAUGAUGAGAUAUUAAAUAGAACAUGUAGUUUAUUAUUAACACUAGCUACAAUAGCUGUAUCUAGUCAACUGUGUGAGAAGAAAGCUGUUUUUGCUUUCUGUCAGAUGAUAAGAGAAAAAAAUCUAGACAAAAAGUUAGUCCACAAGAUUUUGUGUAAAAUUGCAAUUAAACUUGGAUACAAGAAUGUAACAUGCUUUCUGACCAGCCAUCUUCCAUUUAUUAUCAACCAAUGGCUGACAUUGUUAUAUCCCAUAGCAGAGUUUCCAUAUCAACUACUAGGAAUAACUGACAUAAAAGACUUCUAUAGGACAUACAAGCAUAUAAUAAUACCAGAACUGUUUAUGAAAAAAGACAUAGAAAGUAUAAAGACAAUAUGUAGUGAUAUAGAAGAAGAUAUGAAAGCUGUGAUAUUAGACUGUGUUCCACGUAUAGUUGUUCAUAUAUUACCAUUAUUUGCUGUCUCUAGUAAUAAGGAACUACAGUCUGACACCCAUGUUAGAAGACGUCUGGCUAUGGCUACUACAUCGUAUAAUACAUUAUGUCAAAUUAUAACCAAAGAGGAAUUUAAUAAAGCAAUUGUUGACCAUUUACAUUCUAUUGUUGUAAAUAUAUUGAUGUGUCUUCAUGAUGACGAACCAGGAAAUAUUAGACCUGAGCCAAAUCCACCUUGUUAUAAUCGUUAUAUUAUAUUAUCAACUUUGGAUUAUCUUACUACCAGUUUUUCUGGUAGUCCAUCUUUAGUAACUGUUCUUAUUAAAACACAAGAUGCCAUACAGAGGAUAUUGUUAGAGUUAUCACUAGCUUUAUCACAUGAACACAGAUUACAUGAGAAACAGCGAAUAUUAGAGAUGUAUCAACUAUUUAUAAAAUUAUUAUUACAAGUCUUUCAUGAACAAUUAGGUGGUAGUUGGGUCUAUGUUUUACGAGAUGUUUUAUUUAGACUGGUGUAUACUCUCAUAGAUAUACAAAAUAACAGAAAUAUAAAAAGAGUACAUGAAGUGGAUGUUAUAUUAGAGAUGUGUUUAAAUCUCUUAUAUGAUGUAUGUCAAGUAGCUGUUGAACACUGUCCUCAGGAAUUAUGUAAAUAUUUACGUCUAAUAACAAGUCAUGUGAUUGCUUGUGUCAAAUAUGGAGGUACUAUCUGUGAUAUAGCUAAGUCUAUUUUGCAACUGAUUAUUCUAGACAACACUAAUGUUAUGAAGCCUGGAAUAUUAAGACUUGAUUCUUUUUCAACUGCUGAUUAUUUUAAACCAUUUGAAAAGAAACGGAAUCAACUAAAGAAUGUUAGAGAAGAAACUGUUACUUUACAGAAGGAGUUAGAGUUUUUUCUGGAAGUAUGUGAAGAAGAUAGUAAUGGACCAUGUAGUUAUAAACAGUUAUUACUGCAUUUAUAUAAACAACUUACAUCUACUGAUGCUUCAUAUCUUAUUCUACAGUUAAAAAAUAAUAUAACAGACGGUGACGUGUCCAUAUUACAUAGUUUAGUAAGAAGGUUGUUGGUGUUGUUACAGUCAGGUAAUGUAGAAGAGAAAAUGGAAGCAGCUAAAUGUCUAGGUGUUAUUGGACCUGUUGAUCUAUCUGUACUAGCUCUCUCACAACAACUUGCUAGACGAGGUCUUCGUGAAGCUUUAGGCGUUUAUGACUUUGAUCCAGAUUGUGAGAAAUAUUGUCGCAUUUUUCACCAACUUGACCAAUAUCUUUGUGAUCCCAGCAUAGACAUUGUUAAAUGUGCUGGUGAAGUUCUCAAGAAUAUGUUGGCUACUAGAACAGGAAUAAAUUUCUCCACAGAAUAUAAAGAUAGAAUGUCUGAGAAAGAUUACCUAUUUCAUUAUCUUCAACCAUUUAGAACCAAGAAAAAGUCUAUGAUAACUGUGUCUCCCCCAAUAUCAGUGGAUCAGUUUGUUGCUGUUAUUGAUAAAGAGGAUCUGUGGAUUCCAGCUUCAACAGAUCAUGACAUUUGGAUUACCAAUUUAACUUGUAAUCUUUUAAAAUCUGAAUCAAUUCAUGAUGACCUUCUAUAUUUACUGCAUCCUCUCUGUUCAUUAAAACCGGACUUGUGUGAUUUAGUGUUACCAUAUAUUAUAUAUGAUAUAUUAUUAAAUGGUAGUACCAACCACAGAGAUGUUCUCUCUCGUAGAAUUAAUUCAUUCUUUAAAGCUCACUGUAAACAUCAAGGUAAAUUGCCGUGCAUCAGUAAAGAUAUGAAGUCUGUUCAAACCAUGUUAGAUGUUAUACAGUAUCUUAGACAACAAGAACGACCCAAACAAGGUCAUGCAGUUAAAACACCAUGGGACAAUAAUUUCUGGUUAGAUGUGAACUAUUUGUAUAUUGCUAAAUCUGCUCAUUUCUGUUCGGCACAUUUUACAUCUUUAUUGUAUGCUGAAAUAUGGUUUGACAUCUGCAAAGAAGAAUCAAAUGGAGGCCACUCAACUAAUGGAUCACAGUCUCAGGGAGAAAUUAAUAGUCAAGAGAUAAACUUUAGUAUGGUAACAAGUUCAAAGGUGAAUGAAGAUGUAGAUUUACAAGAUUUAAUGUUAGAGACAUAUAGAUCUAUUGGUGAUCCUGAUGGUAUAUAUGGUUGUGGUGCAGGCAGUUUAGCUGACUCUACAUCUAGGAUAAAGACAUAUAUACAUGAAAAUCGUUGGGAUAAAGCUGUUGUUACAUAUAAUAUAGAUAUGGCUCUACCUAAUAAUACAACACAAUAUGGCUUCUAUCAGUCUGUGAAAGAAUUUGGUGCCAGCUCUCUAUUAAAUACUUGUCUUCAAGGCAUGGUAGCAAAAGGACUUAAUGUACCAUAUGACAUUGAAGAGUUACAAUUUGAAGCAGCAUGGAAAACAGGACAGUGGAAUCUUCACGCCCCAGUCCGAUUAGAGAAUGGUAUAGGUUUUCAUCAAGGGUUGUAUUGUGGUGUGGAGGCUUUAAAACACGAUCAACUAUUAUUGAUGGAAAAAGCCAUCACAUCUGCAAGAUGUGAGAUUGUAAAUACAGUAAAAUUAUAUGGUGAAUGUUGUAAUAGUAUAUAUCCUCUAUUAUCGAAACUACAUUGUUUACAACAACUAGAUCAACUUUAUACUAUACUUAUAAGUGAUACAACAGACUAUAAACAGUUAAUAGAUAGUUGGAAUAAUAGUGAUAUACCAGUUAAUGAUUUCUCUAGUAUAGAACCAGCACUUAUAUUACGUUCCUCAUCACUAAAAGUUCUCUACAAUAAGGAUGACAAUAAUCCAGUAUUACAAAAUGGGUUAAUACAAACUUUAUUACACCUGUCUAAACAAGCUAGAGUAGCUGGUAAAUUUCAGGUGUCUGAACAAGCUAUAUAUGAUCUACGACAUAUACAACAUGAUGAUAUUGGUAGUCAACUACUCACAGACAUGGAAGAGGCUAAGCUUUAUUGGGCAAGAUCAGAAAAUGAUAUUGGGAAAAAUCUUAUAAAAAAACUCAUCUCUAAUGCUGAAAGGCUUCAGAAUGAAAAUAAUACAGCUGUAAAAUUAUUACCUAUGGCACUAGGUACUUAUGGUAACUGGUUGUCAGAGACUAGAUCGGAGAAUCCUACAGUCAUUAUGGAAAAUUUUCUUGAAAGGACCGUAGAAUUAUUAAGUGAAACAACAGAUGAUGAAUCAACCUGUUUAGAGGCAUUUUUAUCAUUAGCUAGAUUUGCUGAUAAUCAGUAUCAGAAUAUAGUUAAUUAUAUGAAAUCAUCUACAUAUGAAGCUAAACAAGCUUUAUUAAAAAAAGCUAAAGAAGAUGCGGAACAGUAUAAAACAGUUGCUACAGAUAAAGAUCGAUAUUUGCGGAUUUUAGAGAAACAAUCCGAAAUGGAUGAAAGAGAAUUAUCAACAAUGAAAGAAGAUCGAAGUAAAUUCUUACUAAAAGCUCUAGAAUUUUAUCUACGAUGUUUACGAUGUGGUGAUAAAUAUGAUCUACGUAUAUUUAGAUUAAUAGCCUUGUGGUUUGAUGAUUGUAACUCAGCAGAAGUCAAUGAUUUGUUAAUGAAUAAUAUUGAAAGUAUCAAGUCAUACAAGUUUUUACCAUUGAUGUAUCAGUUAGCAGCUAGAAUGGGUUCAUCAAAUAAAGGACUAUCCACAUUUCAACAAGUUUUAAAUAAGAUAUUAGAAAGAACAGCUAUAGAUCAUCCUCAUCAUGCAUUGUCAAUAAUACUAGCUCUAGCUUUCGCUAAUAAAGAUACAGAAAUAUUACAACAAGGUAGAAGUAAUAAAAGAACAAGUAAAGGUGGAAAAUCAGCUACUAAAGAAGAGGAUAGAGUUGAAUCAGCCAAGAAUAUGAUUAGUAGAUUAAAACACGAUGAUAAAAUAUGUAAUAUAUUAGGUGAUAUGGAGAAACUAUUUGAAGCUUAUAUACAGCUAGCUAAUACUUCAGCUGAACAACAUAGAAAAGAAUCAAGAGCUAUAAAUUUAGCAAGUGGUCUAUCUAUUACUCAUAUGAAAGAUUUAACUAAUGUAGCCUUUCCAACAGUUGAAACAAGGAUUGAACCAAGUUGUAAUUAUGAUAAUAUAGUAUAUAUUAAAGGAUUUGAGAAAAGUUUUAAAUUAGCUGGUGGUAUUAAUCUACCUAAGAUAAUAACAUGUAAAGGAUCAGAUGGUAUAGCACGUAGACAACUCGUCAAGGGACGUGAUGAUCUGCGACAAGAUGCUGUGAUGCAACAGGUGUUUGGUAUGGUCAAUAAUCUGUUACGUAAAAACACUGAAACUAGGAAAAGAAAACUUCAUAUAAGACAGUACAAGGUUAUACCAUUAUCACAACGUAGUGGGAUAUUAGAAUGGUGUGAAGGUACUCAACCUCUAGGUGAUUAUUUAGUCGGUAAUUCGUCUGUUAAUGGUGCUCAUUCUAAAUAUAGACCACAAGAUUUGGCACCCCUUGAUGCUAGAAGGGCUUUACAGAAUGUUCACAAUAGUUCAGAUGUGCGUAAGAAGUAUCAAGUUUUUAAACAAGUUUGUCAGAAGUUUAAACCAGUAUUUCGUCAUUUCUUCAUGGAGAAAUUCCCACAACCUUCUGUAUGGUUUGAAAGACGACUAGCCUACACUAGAAGUGUUGCUACAAAUUCUAUUGUUGGUUAUAUAUUAGGAUUAGGUGAUCGUCAUGUACAGAAUAUACUAGUGGAUUGUAAUACAGCUGAAUUAGUUCAUAUUGAUCUAGGUAUUGCGUUUGAACAAGGAAAGAUUUUACCAACACCAGAGACAGUAUCAUUUCGUUUAACUAGAGAUAUAGUAGAUGGUAUGGGACCAACUGGUGUAGAGGGUGUAUUUAGACGAUGUUGUGAGAAGACAAUGGAAGUUAUGCAUGAUAAUCAGGAAUCAUUGAUGACAAUAGUACAAGUACUGCUGUAUGAUCCGUUAUAUGCCUGGACAUUGUCACCACAGAAAGCUCAUGCUUUACAACUUCGGCAAAAUCAAGAUGCAGAAGAUCUGAAUGUUACAGCCAAUAAUAUAGGAGAUAUAACAAGUAAUAGUGAUGAUAGAUCAGAUGCAAGUCAAGAACAAGUAAAUAAAUUAGCGGAACGAGUCUUAUUAAGAUUACAACAGAAAUUACAAGGUAUAGAAGAUAGUGUUCAACUAAGUGUUCUCGGACAGGUUAAUUUACUUAUUGAAGAAGCACGGGACCCUAAAAAACUCUGUCGUUUAUUUCCUGGUUGGCAACCUCAUCUGUGAAAUAAAAACUCGAUUAUUUGUUAUAAAUAGAAGGGCUGUACCAAAAUAAUGAGAAUUUUAUAGAUAUCAAAUUGUGUGAAAAAAUCUAGUCGGAUAUAAAAACUGAAUGUAAUGAAUAUAUUUGGUGUGAAAACCGUGAGACAUUGCAUAAUGUGAUGGAAUUGUUGUAAUUAUAUAUCUUUAAUAAUGUCUGGAUAACUCAUCUAAUUAGUAAUCCAGUAACUUUAUUCAUAAAGAUUCCAAAUUGAAGGAUGCUGUGCUUUUACAUAUUGUUAUUAUAUGCUUUUAAGAUAUACUCCCUCGAUCUUAAUUAGGUCAUCUUAUACAGCCUUAAAACUAAUUCUUAACUGAAACUUGUGGACUAGGAAAAAUAGAAUGAUAGUCUGAAUGGGAUUAGUAAGCUGCAAUAGAUAAAAUAAGAAUUCCUUAAAUGUCAGCCACAAGUUUGGCAGUCGUCUAUUCGUGUGAAGCAGUCUAUUAGUCAAUUAUCGAGGAAAUGUACUGAUGCCCAAAAGAAAGUAUACACACUAAAAGUAUGACUAAGUUUUGUUUAGAUUAAAAACAUUUGAUAACGCAUUACUGAGUUUGUUUCUUGCGUCCAAACUCAACAUUUCUUAGCAAAAUAAAAAUGUGAAACAAAUUGACAUUCUACCCAAAUACCGUAUACCAUGGAAAAACGACUUUGGUUCAUGCAGCACAAAAUGCACAGUGUAUACUUUCUUUUGGACAUUAGUAUACAUUAUUAAUGUCUUUCCAAAUUAAUUCAUUUUCCCACUUAUCACUUAAUAUGUGAUAUUGUUAAUCAUGUGUAAGGUUAUAUUAAAAGUGCUAUUAUAAAAAGCAUUCAAAUUUCUGUUGAUUUUAUUAUUUACAGUAAACCUUGCAUAAGUCGGAUUUCGCUCAGCUCGGAUAAAAUCGUUUGGACCCUUUGAUCCUGCACGAUUUUCUUAUUAAAUUUCUAAUCGUAAGUCGGAUUUCCUAAGUCGGAUCUUUGCUCAACUCAGAUCAAAAUGUUCAGUCCAUUUGAUCUAAUUCCGGCUUUUUUCCUUUGCCUAAGUCAGAUCGGCAGUAUGUUCAAAACAUGUUGUUAAAAAUACGUCCCCCUCCGCCAAACGGCCUGGCUGACGCCGUUGAAAGAAAUCCAAAUACAGGGCAGCACACAAAUUUGCGCAACUCGGCCAUUAUUAAGACGAAACGAAAUUGGAAUUUUUGAAAAAAUUUGAUUGUAAUUGGGUUGGGCAAAGCAAUAAAUGACUCAAGUUUCUCAGCUUUUUAACGAUUCUAAUUUUUCCCCACCCCAGCUUACCUAAAUUUUGUUUUGUUGUAUAUGGCCGACCACGUAAAUCCGUACGCCGUUUAGCAGAAGGGGAAGCAUUUUUAACAGCAUGUAAGCAAGGUCUUAUUUUCUCACUAAAAUGUUACUUUACAUUGUUCAGGUGACACAUGACCGUUAAGCAGUAAAAAGUUGCCCAUUAAAAUUGACUGGGAUACCCGAUUUUUUUUCGAACUAGGUCUUCGGCUAACUCGGAUCUUCGCGUAACUUGGAUAAAAUUGGUCAGUCCAUUUAGAUCCGACUUAUGCGAAGUUAACUGUAUAAAUAAAUGUGAUCAUUUUGUGGACUCUUGGUUAGUAUAUCCCAGUGUAGACCGGCUGUAAAUACAGUAUUCUCUAGUCAUAUGGAUGUGAUGGAAGACUGGGGUCCAUCUGUGUACAUGUUACCUUGCAUGUAAUAAAUUUGAUUAAGGGUAGGAUGAACGCUCUAGAUGUUAAUACUCCAUUCCUUUCCACUAAACUACUAAAAAGAGAGAAAUGGGGUUUAACAUCCUCUUGACACAAACUACCGUAGAUAAUUUUAGGAGCAACAUGGUUCAAUUUUAUUUCAAUAAUUCGCUUGCAUGCGUAGGGAUCUUUUAGCAGUGGGAGAAAACCGGAGGACUCAGGAAAAACCCAUGAGGUUGGCCAGACAAUGCUAUUCCUUGUCACUUACAAGCGGGGAAUCGAAACCAAGAACAUGACUCAAUGACCUUAUGAUCCAACAUGCACAUGUUAACCAUUUGGCCACCCAACUCACUUAAACAAAGGAUGUUUAUAAAGAAUCAUUAAGUAUACACGGUGUUUGUUGACUCCAUACACUGUUUUGAUAAUAGGUAGAUGUGAAAACAUGAGAUUGAGGCUAUCAUGGAUAUAAAAUUCCAUCCUGUAUCAUGUUCUCUAGCUGUGAAAGUCAGAAUAAGCAGAUAACAGUCCAAAUUACACUUAACUCCAAAACUUUUUUUAAAAUCUAUAAACUUAAAAUAAAUGCUUUAUGAGGACUGACAAAGGGAUACUAAAGAAUUUUCACAAGUUUUAUUUGAUACAUAUUUUAUUUUACUUGAAACACAAUACACAUAAUUAUAUAUUUCCAUGGUUCUUAAUGACACAAAUUAUAUAGUUCACAAUCAUUUUGAUAUACUGUAUAUGUGAGAGAGAGAGAAAUGGUGUUUAAUGUCCACUCGACACAAACUAGGU